AUGCCAGAGCGGGAUUUAAUCUCUUGGAAUGCGAUGCUUUCGGCAUUUGCACAAAACGGGGAUGUGUUUGGAGCGAGGAGAGUGUUUGAAUCGAUGCCAUUGCAAAACCAGAUUUCCUGGAACGCAAUGCUUGCGGCAUAUGCCCAAAACGGGCAUCUUCACGACGCUAAGAAGACUUUCAACUUAAUACCGGAAAGGAACGAUGUAACUUGGAAUACCAUGCUAGCUGCGUAUUCGCAAAACGGCCAACACGACGACGCCAAGCGUAUGUUCGACACGAUGCCUCUUCACGACCAAGUCACGUGGAACUCCAUGCUGGCAGCAUAUGCCACGUCAGGGCAUCUGGAGAAAGCCGAGAGUGUCUUCCACGGGAUGCCCGAGAGAGACAUGCUGACGUGGAACUCCAUGCUGUCGGCCUUCGCGCACGCCGGACACGUCACCGAGGCAAAGCGCGUGUUUGAUGACAUGCCACAGCGGAAUAUAGUGUCGUGUAACGCCAUGCUGGUUGGAUUCGUCCACGCUGGCCGCCUAGUAGACGCCAGGCUGGUGCUGAAUGGCAUGAGAGAGCACGACAUGGUGUCGUGCACGCUGAUGCUUUCGGGAUAUGCCCAGUACGGGCAUACGGCCUCCGCUCGGGAGAUCUUCGACACGAUUCCGUCCCAGAAUCACGUCUCGUGGACGGCCCUGAUUGCCGCGUUUUCCCUGCGGGGAAACCUGGAAGAGGCGAAAUGUAUGUUUGAUCAGAUCCAACGGCUGGAUCUCGUGCUUUGGACCGCCAUGCUGGGAGCGUAUGCCCAAAACGGGCAUGUGGAAGAGGCCAAGGUGAUGUUUGAUUCCUUGCCCGAGCAAGAUCAAGUGUCAUGGAACGCGCUAUUAUCUGCAUACGCGCAAAAUGGAAACAUCUCUAAAGCCAGGCAUGUCUUCGACACAAUGCCCAAGAGGAACACCAUGUCUUGGGCGGCUAUGCUCUCCACUUAUGCCCGGAACGGGCAUUCCAGGGAGGCGUUUGAUGUGUUUGAUCUGAUGAGGGUGGUGGAGGUUCCGGAUUCGACUUGUUUCGUGGCCUUCUUGCUCGCUUGCGCACACGAUGGGAAUGUUUCAAGCGCCAAGAAUUGCUUCGUGUCCAUGAGACAAGACUAUAAGGUUGCUGCUACAAAGCAGCACUACUGUUGCUUGAUCGAUGUUCUUUGCAGGUCUGGGAGACUCUUAGAUGGUGAGGACCUCAUUACAAACAUGCCUUUUGUGCCUGAUGAGUAUGAAUGGAUCUGUUUUCUAAGGAGUUGCAUGAGGCCCGGGAAGAACGAGCUCAAGCAAGCCAUUGAUGCAACUAGGUUUGUUGUUGGCCAGAAUCCAAAGCAUGGAGCUGCAUUUGUGCAGCUAGCUAAUAUUUACUCCAAGCUAUAG